UCAUUCUACUCUCCAACCCCAUCUGCACUUUGCUUCCUUUCCAACCCAAUCCACACUUAUCUAUUCCCUUCCCCCCUUUUUCCCAAUAAUCAGCAUCCCAUUUCCCGCAUCCCAAAACCACUAAGGCACUAACCAUCCUUCCACCUUCAACUCCAAAACGACGCCGUAUUGAUUAUUGAGCCCCCCUCCCUUUCUCUCUCUAAUGUAACACCGUUUUGCCCCUUCAAGAAAAAUAUAGCAAGAGGAAAAUAAGGUUCUGUUGCGUCGUUUUGAUCUAAACGACGAUGGAUCGGGCGGCGGUUACCGUCGGACCUGGCAUGGACAUGCCGAUCAUGCACGACAGCGACCGUUACGAUCUGGUCCGUAACAUCGGGUCCGGAAACUUCGGCAUCGCAAGAUUGAUGCAGGAUAAGCAGACCAAGGAGCUCGUUGCUGUUAAGUACAUCGAACGCGGCGACAAGAUUGAUGAAAAUGUCAAGAGAGAAAUCAUUAAUCACAGGUCUUUGAGACACCCUAACAUUGUUAGGUUUAAGGAGGUUAUUCUAACACCUACGCAUCUGGCCAUUGUAAUGGAAUAUGCAUCUGGAGGAGAACUGUUUGAGCGAAUCUGCAAUGCUGGGCGCUUCUCUGAGGAUGAGGCUCGUUUCUUCUUUCAACAACUCAUAUCUGGGGUCAGCUACUGCCAUGCAAUGCAAGUUUGUCACCGGGACCUGAAGUUGGAGAACACUUUGCUGGAUGGAAGCCCAGCACCACGUUUGAAGAUAUGCGAUUUUGGCUACUCCAAGUCUUCGGUGCUUCAUUCACAACCAAAGUCAACAGUUGGUACUCCAGCUUAUAUAGCUCCAGAAGUAUUGCUGAAGCAAGAGUACGAUGGCAAGAUUGCAGAUGUCUGGUCAUGUGGAGUAACUUUAUAUGUGAUGCUAGUGGGAGCAUAUCCUUUUGAAGAUCCUAGUGAACCAAAGGAUUUCAGGAAGACAAUUCAGAGAAUUCUCAGUGUCCAGUAUUCCAUUCCAGACUUUGUUCAGAUAUCUCCUGAAUGUCGCCACCUUAUCUCAAGGAUCUUUGUUUUUGACCCUGCAGAGAGAAUCACGAUGUCUGAGAUCUGGAACCAUGAAUGGUUUUUGAAGAAUCUCCCGGCAGAUCUGAUGGAUGAGAAGAUAAUGGGCAACCAAUUUGAAGAGCCAGACCAACCGAUGCAGAGCAUUGAUACGAUCAUGCAGAUAAUCUCAGAAGCCACCAUACCAGCAGCCGGGGCCUAUUCAUUAGACCAGUUUAUGGCAGAUAACAUUGACAUGGAUGACGACAUAGAUGAAUUAGAAUCCGAAUCCGAGCUUGAUAUAGAUAGCAGUGGGGAGAUAGUGUAUGCCAUAUAAGUUAAUUAUCAUAGUUUGCCUUGAAGGACAGCAUCUUAAUGUUGCUGGGCUUUAAUAGACUUUCCAGCAUCAUGGAUUCAUGGAAAGAUAAACAUGUGGUGUCUGCAUUCCUUGUAGAUUAGGGUGGAUAGAGUUUUGUUGUGUUGUACCUAUUAUGUACGGGGACAUUGUUCUAACUUUCAUCUCACCAUUGGAUCCGGAUCCAUCGGUUGAUGAUGUGAGUUGACACUGUCUCGUACAUAAUAUAUACACACAAUUUUUGUGUGGAUAAAUAGAGAGAACUUUAUGUUGACUUGCAUACUAGUGCAUGCUUCUUGAAGUAGGCAAUAUCCACAAUCAGUUGCUGA